CUGUUCAAUUUUACUUCUCCAUCACAAAUUAAAGUCACGCCAUGAGAUCUCGGAAGUACUUCCAGGCAGCGAAUCUUCUACUGUUUGGAAUUAUCCUGUUGUUCAUUCAGACGAAGGAAACUUCGGCCGGAGCGAACCGAGGGGAACGAGGGAAGCUGGUCGUGACAAAUAAGAACGACUGCAAAUGUCCGAAAGGGGACGACUCGGACUGGAACAAUGGAGACUUCUUCUACUGUGGCAGCCAGAUCAACUCGGCCAAAUGUGACCUCAACGCAGUAUACUCUUGCGAGGGGAAGGCGUCAGGUGACGACCCCGUGAUAGUGGCGAAAUGCAACACGGAAUGUCGUCUCAACACUGUCAGCCCUGUCGCCUACUGCGAUGUGGAGUACAAGGUUCCCAAACGUGCAAAGUAUAGCGGAAAUCCAGAAGACCUGAAAAGUCAAACCUAACUUAUCAUGCUAAAAUGACCUAAUUAUAUGUACACAGUUAGAAAUGGAUGGCGAAAAUGAUUGACUUGAUUAAGGAAUGCUAAAU